AGAGAUCGAGGCUCGAGACGGACGUCUUGCCAGCGUUAUUACACACAAAUACACUCUCACAUCACACACGCAUAUAUACCUAUACACUCGUAGCUACACAGACACACAGGACACAUGCCGCACUGCAGGAGCGUCAUCCUCGCUGUGCUGUGCUCCGCUGCCGCAAGCUAAAGUAUUACUCGGAAUAGCUGGAUCACAAUGAGCAAAACCUCGACUCUCGGACUACGACGAUGGCCGUGAUUGGCGAAUCCAGGUUUUAUCCACAUAUUCCAAAGAAAGAAGGUUUUGAGCAGUAUAUUCGACGAAACAAAGGGAAAAUAGACUCACCUUCUGGUCGUCGAUAUAGGAGAAGAAGAGUCCGUGCUGCCCAAGAGAACAUCAUGUGUUCCCGUGGAGGCGAUCAGCUUGAUCUUAGUGAUUCUGAGGAUGCUUAUCUGGAUACAGAUCCACUGAGGGCUGAGCUACGAAAUAUCCAAAGUGUAAUCCAUGUAACCCGUCAAAACAUCGACGCCUUAAAUGCCCGUUUCGCCGACUUUCAAGAUCCACCAACGAUCUACUUAUUGGAAUACCAAGAGCUCACGUCGAAGCUACACGAGCUGGAGACCAAAGAACAAAAGUUGACGGAACUCCUAGCGUCGAUGGCCGAAGUCACAUCGGGGCCAAGCAACGAAUCGUUUACUUCGGAGUCGCAGUCGAGCGCGACUAGUGGAUCUCGACAAGUGCAGCAGCAGCCUCAUCGAAUUAGUUCCCGCACACCGCUGAAAUCCUUGCUACGCGCUCACUUGCCAAAUCAGCAACGUACUAGCGUACAAGUAAAGGAAGGACUAUCUCUGCGAGACGCUCUAGCCAAAGCUAUGAAAUUACGCAAUCUGACGACCGAAAUGUGCGUAGUAUACAUCCUCGACGGUGAAGAUGUGAAGCAUCCGAUUCCAUGGGACACGGAUAUUUCGUCACUAGAAUGCGAUGAGAUAUCUGUGGAGAUACUGGACAAGUUCCCGAUUACCACCUCGAUAUCACAUAACUUCGUUCGCAAAACCUUCUUCUCACUAGCGUUCUGCGAGUGCUGCCACAAGCUGCUCUUUCAGGGCUUCUACUGUCGCACGUGCAAUUAUCGCUUUCAUCAGCGCUGCGCCAAUGGCGUGCCGGCGCUUUGUCAUCAGGUACGCAUGCAAGACGCUUACUAUCAAGCACUGCUGGCGCAUAAUCCGGAGACGAGCGCGGGAAUACUGCAACUGCCCGCGGGCUAUAUUCGCCGUAUACCAACAACGCUCGAGGCAUCUUCGAGGAAUGCCAGACAGCAGAGAACUUUGGGUCAGCAGGAUCGUUCGAGUUCGGCACCCAACGUCUGCUUCAACAUGAUCAAGCCCAUGGGAGGCGUUGAGACAAGCAUCAAUCUUGAAGACUACUCGCGCUCACAGAGCCUUGGCAGAGGAGUCAUUGGCACUCAACAGUCUCCAGUGUCGCCCAGCAGCAGUCCUACCAAGCAUAGUCAGUCGACGCAGGCCAGUCCGACAAAUACGUUGAGGCCGAAACGUCCGAGGGCACGUUCAGCUGACGAGAGCUCCAAGAAUCUACUGGCGCCAAGGGAAUCAAUCGAGGAUUGGGAAAUACCGGCGGACGAAAUUCUUGUGGGGCCAAGGAUCGGCUCAGGAUCCUUUGGAACAGUAUAUAAGGCGCACUGGCAUGGUCCCGUCGCAGUAAAAACGCUCAACGUCAAGAUACCCACCUCAGCACAGCUGCAGGCCUUCAAGAAUGAGGUGGCGGUACUGCGCAAGACUCGACACGUUAAUAUUUUGCUGUUUAUGGGGUGCGUGAGCAAACCUCAACUAGCGAUCGUCACCCAGUGGUGCGAGGGCUCUUCACUGUACAAACACUUGCAUGUGUUCGAGUCUAAGUUCCAGUUACUGACACUCAUCGAGAUUGGCAGGCAGACGGCGCAAGGUAUGGAUUACCUUCAUGCAAAGAAUAUUAUUCACAGGGACUUGAAAAGCAACAACAUAUUCUUGCACGAUGAUCUCACCGUCAAGAUUGGCGAUUUUGGUCUGGCCACAGCUAAGACUAGGUGGUCAGGCUCAGUACAAUUUCAUCAACCAACGGGCUCGAUACUAUGGAUGGCUCCGGAGGUCAUUAGGAUGCAGGAGGAGAAUCCCUACAGCUUUCAAUCCGACGUUUACGCCUUUGGUGUAGUGCUAUUCGAGUUGCUCUCUGGUCAACUGCCUUACUCACACAUCAACAAUAAGGACCAGAUUUUAUUUAUGGUGGGCCGGGGAUAUCUGCGCCCUGAUCUGCACAAAUUAAGAUCGGAAACGCCAAAAGCACUCAAAAGACUAACUGAGGAUUGCAUUAAGUUCUCACGGGACGACCGACCGAUAUUCCGUCAAAUUUUGGCAAGUUUGGAGAACCUUCUGAGGAGUCUACCGAAGAUCACGAGAUCAACAUCCGAGCCCAAUUUAAACAGGACUCAGCUGCAGAGCGACGACUUUAUGUACACGUGCGCUUCGCCAAAGACGCCAGUGAAUUUUCAAUUCGGCGCGUUUCCCUUCUACCCGAGUGGCGGCAACAUUUGAAGGCGCGCCAGUGAUGCCGCAACCAAGUUCGCGGCCGAGGACAAAUUACUCGACACCUUCCUUAGGCUUUACCUUGCCCGCUAUGAUCAUUGCGGUAGGGAAGCUUAAAAUUGCUUAUCCCUCGCGCGCGUGCGCACACACACGCACAUGCACGCACACACGCGCGCGCGCGCGCGCGUACACACACACAGGCGCGCACACAGACUUUACGCAUGUGCGUUCAUUAUCAUUACCUGCGUUUACACUUGACACUAAUGACAUCGUUAAGGUUUGCUCUACAUUUUUUUUCCUUUUUUUUUGUUUUUCUUACGUAACUUACGUAUAUUUGUUUUAUAAAGAGUGUUCGUGUGAUUACUGAUAGCGUGAGUGAUACAAUGUGUACGUGCAUUAUAAGGAAAAUUUCUUUUUCUUCAAUAAUUGUUCAUUCGACUUUUACGGAUCGAGAAAACAUACAUGAGUUUAAUGUUGUUAUCGAUUUAAGGUAAAUGAGGCAGAUGACGAGACGCUCGAUUCCGAGUCCUGAUAACCGCUAUUGUUCAUGUAAAUAUAUGUAUACAAAAUUUCUCUGUGUGUAAACACAUUGCUGUAAUACUUUUACAAUUACACGAGAAAACACUUCAACAAGACAAUUUAUGAGAGAUGAAAUAAUGAUCUAAAUAAAGUUUUUUUUUUAAGAUUCGUCGCUGCUCAAUUCUUUAUAAAGAUUUUAAAUGCGAUUCGUAAUACGGUGAGGGACUUGUCUAUAUUUUUUCUGUUACUUAUUGUCAUUCUGUAUUAUAGUACUAUAAUGCCUAAAAAAAUUGUUUUUCUCUUAAUCAGAGAACAAAAUAUGUUACUGUUAUAAAUAUUGUAGAUGAUGUAAAUGAUUUUCUUAUGUCUCGCAUUUAACAAAAACAAAUAAUUUUCGUCGACUCUUGAUGCUGCAUACGCGUAAUUUUUUCCUCUACGUGCAAUACCAUUCUAAACUAAUGUUGAGUGUGAUUUUGAGUAGUUGAAAAAAAUCAUCAAAAAAUUAACGAUAAAAAUAAUUUCAAAAUUCUUAAUCAGGGAAUAGAAUCGAACUUAACAAUCAUACUACAAUCGAGAUCAUUAAAAUUGUUAAAAAAAAUCAUGCGUGCAAAAAUACUUUGUUGCAGCCACGUCCAAUACACAAUCAGUAAAACGAAAGAAAAACUAUGAUAAAUAGCUAUCCAUUCGUUUAUUUCUUUUUUGCGACAUCCUUGAAAAGGAUAUAAAAAUUGAAAAUAAUUCAACUAGGAUUAGUUAUUGUAAGUAAAGAAAAAAAAGAAGACAAGCACGGCAUUUAAAGUCGCGGCGGCAUAACGAGUCAAAUCGUCCAUGGAAAACAGUGUAAUUCCUAAAUAGGGAGGGAGAUGGUCGACUAAUGAGACUUUUGUACCUUACGAACCUACUUUCUCGGUUCUCGUCUCGAGUAUUAAAGGAACAAAAAAAACUCUUACCUGUACGAUUAUAUGCGCGAGAUAGAUAGAGAAAGAGAAAAAAUAGAUUUACGACUGUGGGCGUGAUUACAUGCGAUAUUAUACAUAUAACGUUCUUACUAUUUUCAUUCUCCUUAAUUAUCUAUGUUCUUUUUUCUUCUCCGUUUUAUAUAGUGGAGAGCAAAAGACAGGGAUAAUGUACUUCACAAAGUUCCACGUCAAAUAUUGUUGCCAACUCUAUUUGUAAUACGUGUUAAAUAAGAACUGCUGGUUCACGUUUUCUUUUCUUUGGAUUUUUUUUAUUUGUAUAAAACCUGCGUUACAUACGUGUAUGUAUAUAUACUUUUCUUUUUCUAUUAAAGUGUUCGAUCCGUAAAUUUGCAAUAAUGAUUACCAUUUACUUAUAUACCUAUUGUUUGCACAAUGAAAUUACUUGAAUAUUUCGUGUCUCUUGGGAAGAAAGAAAUAACAACGUUAUACUGUAAAUGCAUAAUGGAUUUGUGAUCUUUCUUGUGACAAUUGUAUAUAAUUAUUGAGAUAUUGUAAGAUUCAAUAAACAUUCAAAUU